AUGGAGAACCAUAACAUUACUAUGUUCAGAGCUGUUGAUGCCUUUCAAGAGCGGUUUUCUGUCAAGGUUAGGGUGAUCAGGGUUUGGGAACACCCUGAAAGGAGGAAUCCCAGUCAGUUAUACUCAUUUGACAUGAUUCUAAUGGACGAAGAGGGGACAAAGAUGGAGGCAACAUGCUUGAAUAGAGUUUUACCACAAUUUCGCCCGUCAUUAGUUGAAAAGAAAUGUUUGAUUAUCAGGAAUCCAACUAUAGGUUUUAAUAACUCUACGUACAGUAAUGGUAUUUCAAACUCUACAGUUGAUGUUAUUGGUUAUUUGGUUCGAUCAUUUCCUAAAGAGACUGUAACUAACAAAUUAACUGGAAAGCAGGCUGUUAAGGUUACUAUAGAGAUAUCUGAUCUGGAGGGUCGGACGGUAUUUCUUACUCUGUGGGAUCAAUACUGUGAUAAAGUUUUGUCGUUUUUUGAGAGUAUCAAGGGAAAAAAUAUUCAUGCAAUCAUUAUAUUGCAGUUUGGCAAGGUCAAGUGGUGGAAUGGGGUUGCGUAUGUUAACAAUUCAUACACCGUUAGUCGUCUUUUUUGCAAUCAUGAUUGUCCUGAAGUCGAUGAGUUCAGAAACCGUUUGUUUGAAAAUUCUAUUGAAGUCAGUGAAUCCACGAGCCUUGGUUCCAUGGCCAAAUCUGUUGAAGAGGAAAUCUUGCAAAGCAAAGACUUUAUGAAUAUUUGUGAUGUCUUUUCGCUUAAGACGGUAUCAUUUUUUGAUAAUUUAAAACUUUCCAGUUUGCAAGGUCAUUAUUCUGGAUGUAACAAGAAGAUCAACAAAGUUGUUAAUCUGAGUGAGGACACCCAGGAAUCAGGUUCAGCUGUUACAAAGGAGGUUCUUACCUGUGUAUCUGAUCGUUGUGCUUUUAAAACUAUAACUUCUUCACUCAAGUUUAAGAUUCAACUUAGAGUUCAAGACCCAUCAGCUUCUGUUACACUUACUUUGUUUGAUCGUGAAGCACGGAAGUUGUUAGGAAAGUCUGUUGAUGAUAUUCUUACUGCUAACCCUGAAUUUCGUUCUGAUUCCAUGAAGAUUCCUGCUGAAGUUGACACAUUGGUUGGCCAGACUGCUGCUUUUAAAAUUGAUGUUACUGGCUACGUCUUGAAGUAUAACAUCCAUAAGUACGGUAUACUGAAGCUGACUGUGGAUCCUAACAUUAUAUCUGUUCUUCAAGAGAAGCAAUCCUCUUCACAGAUAACUUCUUCUCAAAAUAUGUCUCUCAAUGUUGAUGCUUCAGAAUUUGAAUCUCAGACAUCUGAUGGUUUCAAGAACUCUGCUUCCAAAAGAAUCGAAAACACUACUCCUGUGUCUAACAUGGCGAGCACCGUUUCACCUGUUUCAUUGGAUCUCACUGAUACUCCUGAUUCCAUGUUAGCUAAGGAUGAAGUGAAGCGAAACUUGGUUCAAGUCUACGAUGUUGAAGAAGAUUCUCACACAUCUGCAACGAAGAUCCAAAAGACUGGAGAGGUUCAGGAUUUCAACAGUGCGGAGAAGAGGAAACUCUUAAUUCCUAAAGUUGAGAAAUAG